AAGACACCAGAAAUCUUCUUUCACCUGAGCAGUUUGCAGAGAUGAACAGACUGUUGGAGACAAAGAUGAAUCUCCUGCCCUGGAUGACGCUGGUGUUCCUGCUGUCAGCUGGAAGCAGUUUUGCUGAUGUGGAUGUGAACUGGUUGACUCGUAUUGUCAUUGCCAUCAGGAAAGAGUACAGAAUAGAGGGACAGUUCUGUCUGGCUGCAAACAUUCCACUAAAUCAUGACCCAAACAGACUCAAUGAAGUCCUACAGAACGACCGCUACAGUGGAAACGUUGAAGACACACUCUCAGAUGGUGAUGUGUACACAGGCAGCAGUGUGGUUGUAGCCAAACCUGCUGGAGCUGUGCACGCAGAACCUCAAGUUCUUUCCAGGAAAAACUUGCAACAACUGAUCAGACACAGCGAGAACCACUUCCUUCUCAUCUACUCUUACCUCUCUGCAUGUGGAGGAAAGUGCACAAACCCAGAUAAUAGAAAGUACAACAUCCUUAAAGACAUUGAGAACAAUGUUAUUCCAUACUGGAUUGAUGGUGCCUUUGUGUUCACAAAAGUCUUUGAUAAGCCAAAAAAUGGUCCCGUUCCCACCAAAGAGGAGUUGGAACAAUCACUGAUACGGCUUGGGAACACCGGCUUCCUUCUCAGAAACAUUUUCCGCUGUUACAAACCCCAAAAUUUAGAGUUUCAGUGUUACAGCUGCUCAUCACACCGGAAAGUUGCAAAGGUUUGUGUUGAAAACACUCAAGAGAGAAGCAGGAGCGCAGACUCCUUCUUUAGCGGAAAAAGACCCGGAAUAAAUCAAAGUGACAGCAGCAGCGGCAAGAAAAGAAGCAGGAGCGCAGACUCCAUCAUUAGCAGAAAAAGCCCCAGAAUGAAUCAAAGUGACAGCAGCAGCAGCAGCAGAAGCAGCAGCAGCAGCAGCAGGAGCAGCAACAGGAGCAGCAACAGGAGCAGCAACAGGAGCAGCAGCAGGAGCAGCAGCAGGAGCGCAGACUCCAUCAUCAGCAGAAAAAGACCCAGAAUGAAUCAAAGUGACAGCAACAGCAGAAGCAGGAGCAGGAGUAGUAUAAGCAGUAGUAGAAGUGGAAGUAGAAGCAGGAGUACAAGCAGCACCCAUGGAUGAAAGAGACAAAUCCAGGAGUUCAAGUAAUAGCAGCAGCAGCAGCAACAGGAGCAGCAGCAGUAGAAGCAGCAGCAGCAGCAGCAGUAGAAGUGACAGAGGUAGCAGUAGAAGCAGGAGUAGAAACAGCAGUAAAGGUUUGAGGCGUUCUGGUGUGUGAUGUGGUUCAGUUGAUUUUUUAGAAUCUGAAUCCUGACUGACAGAAAUGGUGGUUCAGUUAUCAGCUUAGAAAAACGCUCUGCUUGUAUCCACUGGCGCUCACUCUACAGAGGUCAGCUGUUCAGACUCAGAGCUUUGUGGCACUCUGUGGAUGAGUUGAAUGAGACAGCUUCUGUUUGUGACCUUGCAUGAACAAAUCACUGCAAAUAAAGUGUGAAAGCAAAAUCCUGUUUCUACUGUCAGUUCAUUUUAAACAGAUGUAGCUGAGUCCAUUACAUAUCUAUCUAUCAGCUAUAUUGCACUCUACCUGCUCAGGUACACUGUACUCGAUCUACCCACUCUAAACACCCUGGUACACUGUAAUACCUUGAUAACACCCAGGCCUAACAUACACGUCUUUAACAUGUGACAUGUUGACAGUGAGCAGACUGAACAGGACAGUAAAUGUAGCGCAGUGACAUCACAA